AUGGCUGCACCGACCACCAAACCCACUCCCCAGACUCCUAAGUCGGUCGCCUCUCCUACACCGACACACAAUGCCACCGCUAGACUGGAAAAGACUCAUCCUGGUGUCCGUCGCUCGACUCCGGACUCCGAAGCUUUGGCUUCUUCAGAUGACGAUGGAGAUCAUUCUCAGCACAUCAUUGUGCCUACGACUGCACCAACAGCGAAACCUGCUCGUCGCACCUCUUGGCUCAAUGAGGUCCCCGCUAUCGCACCUCGCAAAGCUUCCCUGACCGGCCUUCCGCUGUCUUCGGGCGCCUCCAACCCUAGCAGCCCGGCUACCGACCAUGCGGGAUGGCCCAGCACGAGUCCUGGCAUUGGCAGCUCCAUGGGCUGGAACAAUGUGGGAAACACCUCCUUCGCCUGGGGUACUGGUAUCUGGAAUACCGAGUCUCGCAAAGAGCCACCUCCUCGCCUUUCCGAGAUAAUUCCUUCUCCAACCAUGUCUAAUCCAUCAACCGCCAGUAACUACUUCCCGGAGGAACUACUAAGUCCUACGACUCGUGCUACCGCCGGGGAGCCUGCAAUCCCAUUUUCGAUCCCUCUCCACCCGACCCCCAAGACGUAUCGCUCACAGUCAUACUCCGUCGGCCAGCUAGAUCCUGAAUUUCUGAGUUUCAUGGCGAACAAGUCUGCCUCGCCGUACGCUGCCGGUCGAGCCCGUAACGGUGGCCAAUACACCUCUCUUCAGCAUCGGUCGUCCCGCCCAAGCCUCCUUGGUGAGCUCGGUCACGACUCGGCUACACUUGGACGCGUGCGCGAAGACGAAGACGACGAGGCUGGAAGUCCGGAUGGCUCCGACGGUAGCUUGAGCAACUACGCCGCCAACCAAGCUCGCACUAUCGAACAGCUUGCGAGGGAGAAUGCAUAUCUGCGUCAGCAAGCAGCUGGCCAAAUUGACAACACGCUCAGAGACCGUGCCAUGUCCACAACAUCCGCAGCUGGCGGAUAUGCAAUCGGAAGUGGCCUCCAUAACUUGCAUCGUAUUCGCGGCAGUGUCCCGGAAGAGACUGACCUUGCAGUGGAGGACCUGGACGAAGUCGGGGAUAUUCCUGGCUACAAUAGUCUUCUUGGUGGCCCUCGCCGGAGACUUUCCGAGCAUUCCGUCAAUCUAGAGAAACAGUACCCCAACUACGAAAACCGGGCUCUGGAGAAUGUUCGCAAGGCUCAUUGGCAGACUUCUCUCGGGUUUGGUGGUAUUUCCGAUAUAUCUCAGAGCCGACGCCAUUCGUUUGCGGAUAUACCUAUUCGGCAUCCCUCCAUCUCGGGCGAGCCACAGGCAGGCCCAAGCACAAGGCCAGGACUAGGAGAUCGGGAGGAGGACUUUGAUGGUCCUCUGUCGAAUCUACAGGGUCAGAACCGUGAGUAUUCACCCUUUCAUGCGGCCCCUCGCCCCGAGGAGCAUGAAAUGGAGACAGAACAUUUACGAGCUCGUCGACUUGCAGAAUCCUAUUUUGCUCGCGACCAGGCUUUCCGCAGUGCCGAUGGUCCUUCCAUGGCUACUUCUCUUCAUCAGGCGUACAGCAUGCCGAAUACCUACGGUCGCCACCAGCCGGGUCUUGCGCACCAAAAUCAGCUUCUGUAUAUUGUCACCUUCAAGUGUCAUCGGGCGGACGUCUUCUAUAUUCAGGAAGACACCGGACUUCAGGUGAAGCCGGGCGAUCUCGUCAUUGUCGAGGCCGAUCGCGGCACAGACCUUGGUACCAUUCAACAUGCCAAUGUGUCGAUGCAAAAGGCUCGUGAGCUGAAACAACAGUAUGCGGAGGAGCACUAUAAGUGGUUGAUGAUGUUCUCUCGGCAGGGCCAGAACGGAGCGGCGACCGUGGUCAAUACCACUGGAAGCGUUCCAGGCUUGAACAAUAGAAGCGCCAUCGGUGGUAUGGGACCUCAUGGCCCGCAUGGAAUUCAAGACUCCACGGUCGAUAUCAAGCCUAAGCUGAUCAAAAGGCUUGCUCAAAACCACGAGAUUUUGACGUUGCGGGACAAGGAAGGGAAUGAGGCCAAGGCUAAGCGGGUCUGCCAGCAGAAAGUUGCAGAGCACCGGCUCAACAUGGAGAUUCUGGAUGCUGAAUUCCAGAUGGAUUGGAAGAAACUCACCUUCUACUAUUUCGCCGACUCUUACAUCAACUUCAACUCGUUGGUAACCGAUCUAUUCAAGAUUUACAAAACACGGAUUUGGAUGUCGGCCAUUAAUCCUGCGUCCUUUGUUACGCCUCCUAGUGCAGGCCUGCAGGCACCAAACCCUUUAGCUUACAAUCACGACGCGCAGGUCGAUCGCUCGCACCAGCACGACGGUCGAUUGUAUAGCCCUGCUCGAGAUGGCCACGAUGCCGGGCGAGAUGGUCAGCUGGGCGUGUUGCGCAGUGCGUAUGCAGAGCCCUAUCAAUCUUUCGGCCCGUCUUCCCGGGCAGCCGAGUCAGGUCUUGGGGGCCUCGCUUCUGCGGAUCCUUUCUCGCCUUACUCUCCUAGCGGAUAUACCCCCUUGGAUUCGGGGUAUGUCGACUACGCGGCAGGCUCUGGCGCCAGCGCUGGGUCCGCCCGUAUGCAUCCCCAGAAUGAGUGGACGAGUCGUUUCCAAGGCUUGUCGCUCAACUCUUGA